CCCAACUUUACCAAGUCACCCGCUUCUAUUCAAACCCCGUUGAGGAAAUCCUCCUCUGCUGAUCCUCCACAAUUGGCUUUGUGGCGCUUCCUAUUCAUCUACACUUUAGGAAUGAGCUGAUGCCUCGAAAUAGUAUGGGAGAGAGGGCAAACAAAGAUUCUUGACCAUCGAGCUCAACACCUGCCUCCGCCUGAUUGGCUCCUGCUCAACUAUGUCUCCUCCACGCCAAACGCUUCCAAGAAUUCUUGCCCUCUGUCAACCUCCCCGAUGAUGCAUCUAGGCAAGAUAUUUGCAGAACCUGACAGUUCUUCUCUGGCCUUUUGACUCAGUCACAAAGAACGUCAACCGAAUCGUGGCGGCCUCGAAUAAUGAGAUUCGGAUAGCCAAAUUUCCUAAUCGGGGUGUCAAUAGGAAUGAUGGGCCUUCAUCAUUUGAUCCAGACAGCAACAUGGAUGACUAUGGACGAGCAGGCAGGAUACCCUGCCAGUCCCAGAUCCAGGUAUAAAGCUAUCCUCCUUCGCCAUGUCUGCUUCUACUUCACGAUCAUCAACCCAUCGAUCUUCGUCUUGCAAUCGUCAAUCCAAUCCCAAAAACACACUCUCUCCAACUCGGCCAAUCCUUCUUCAAACCCACUCAUUUUCCAAUCCGUCAACAUGAAGUUCCUCUCUAUCGCCCUUGCCCUCAUGGCAGCCACCGCUGCUACCGCUGCUCCUGGUCGUACCGCGCAGAAGUGGUGUGGUCACCCCGGCCAGGGCUGCGCCAAGCGCUCUGCUGAGCCUGAGGCUAUGCCCGAGGCUGAGCCUGUUGCUCAGAAGUGGUGCGCCCACCCCGGCCAGGGCUGCUACAUGAUGAAGCGCACUGCCGAUGUCACCACCGAGGUUAAGCGUUCCGCCGAUGCCCUCGCCGAGGCCAUGGCUGAGGCUCACCCUGCCGCUCUUCAGAAGUGGUGUGCUCACCCCGGCCAGGGCUGCGCCAAGGUCAAGCGCACCGCCGAGGCUGUUGAGGAAGUUAAGCGCUCUGCUGAUGCCCUUGCUGAGGCUAUUGCUUCCAUCAAUGACGAGGAGUAAAAGAGUUCUCCACGUUUUUGGACACUCUUGAAGUCCGGUGGUAUCACAGCCAUGUCAAGUCCUGUGUUGAUACCCCGUUCUAUUUCGACUCGUGAACACCACUGGAGGGAUGCUAAGUGAGGAUUGGAAACCUGUCUAUGGCGAACGCUCCUUUUUCAAUUGGCCAUAAUGACUUGUGCUGUCUGCUUUCGUUUUUGAAAACCCCCAAAGAUAUGAUCAGAAAUGGCUACUGGUAGCCUACAUCGAACAAAUGCAUUAUUAUUAGCUCAUUCCCCC